AUGCAAAACGACGCUGGUGAAUUUGUUGACUUGUACUGUCCGAGAAAAUGCUCGGGCAGUAACCGUCUUAUUCAUGCUAAGGACCAUGCCUCUGUACAACUGGUCAUUGCUGAUGUAGACCCAGCUACUGGACGUGCUGCAGAUACCUCCAAGAUGUAUGUAAUCUAUGGAGCUAUUAGAAGAAUGGGGGAAUCAGAUGACUAUAUAGUCCGAUUAACUAAAAAAGAUGGAAUAUUAACAAAGAACUUCUGA